CAUGGUAAUAUGAUGUGCGAUAUUUUCAACUUCGAUUGUUCGAUUAUACUCAUAAUUUAAGAUGUAUCUUAAAUCGUCAUUAUAUUUUCAAUUCAUUUUGGAAAUCGUAACAACACUGAUUGAAAUCCUCUUGACCUGCAAAGAUAAGACUGAAGAGUUCAAAGUAGAAGGAAUUAGUUGCUAAUGUUUCUAUAGUCAUAGUGUCGUAUAGUUAUUCAUUAGUUCUAUGAAUUAUAAAUUUUAACACAUUUAUUGUUCUAUAAAUUGUUAUAAUCUAGUUUUAUCGACGUUUUAUGUUUACUAUUAUUUUAAUUCAAUAAAUUGUUCAUCAUAAUGCUAUUUGAUUAAUUUUCCUCAAAUUUAGGAGUUUUUAAUAUUUAAUAAGUAAUUGUUGUUAUUUAAUUACAAUUACUUGGUUCCCAUUCGACUAACAGUAAUUUCAAUACAAGUAUCAUGGGAGGUAAAUUUAAAUUUUCAAUUGAUCGAGGUGGUACUUUUACAGACAUUUAUGCUAAAUGUCCAAAUGGAAAAGUUCAUGUUAUGAAACUUUUAUCAGUUGAUCCAAUAAAUUAUUCAGAUGCCCCACGGGAAGGCAUUAGGAGAAUAUUAGAAACAGAAACUGGUAAAAGUAUGCCACAAAAUGAGCCAAUUGAUAGUAGUUAUAUAGAAUGGAUUCGAAUGGGUACAACUGUUGCAACAAAUGCUCUUUUAGAACGAAAAGGUGAACGUAUGGCUUUGUUGAUAACUCGUGGUUUCAAAGAUUUGUUACAUAUUGGUAAUCAAGCUCGUCCAAAAAUAUUUGAUUUAGAAAUUGUAACACCAGAUGUAUUAUAUGAUGAAGUUCUGGAAAUAGAUUGUAGAGUAAUUAAUUUAAAUUGUGAAAAAUGUGAUCAGCUAACUCCAAUUUGGAGUGAUAAGCCAGUUGUUCGAGGUGUCACUGGUGAAGAUAUACUAAUUUUAAAACAAAUAGAUGAAAUUGCACUAAAAAAUGACUUAAUUUCAUUAAGAUCUAAAGGAAUUAAUAGUAUUGCAGUUGCUCUAAUGCAUUCUUAUACUUAUAAUGAACAUGAGCGUAUUGUUGGAAGAAUAGCUAAAGAAGUUGGUUUUGAACAUGUAUCUUUAUCCCAUGAAGUAAUGCCUAUGGUAAAAAUUGUACCAAGAGGGUAUACAGCUUGUGCAGAUGCUUAUUUGACUCCAGCUAUAAAAAAAUAUAUUGAAGGAUUUGCUUCAGGAUUCAAAAAUAAUUUAAAAGAUAUCAAUAUAUUAUUUAUGCAAAGUGAUGGUGGACUAACGCCAAUGAAUAGUUUUAAUGGUUCAAGAGCUAUUUUAUCUGGUCCAGCGGGUGGUGUGGUCGGAUACACAGCUACUACUCCUUAUAAACCUGUUAUCGGCUUUGACAUGGGUGGUACAUCAACUGAUGUUAGUCGCUAUGAUGGAGCAUUUGAGCAUGUUUUUGAAUCAAUAACUGCCGGUGUUACAAUUCAAGCCCCUCAACUGGAUAUAAAUACUGUUGCAGCUGGUGGCGGUAGCAGAUUAUUUUUUAGAUCAGGAUUAUUUAUCGUUGGACCCGAAAGUGCUGGGGCUCAUCCAGGACCUACAUGUUAUAGAAAAGGAGGUCCAUUAACUGUUACUGAUGCUAAUCUAGUUCUUGGUAGACUGUUACCUGAAUAUUUUCCUUCAAUAUUUGGUAAAACUGAAGACAUGCCAUUGAACAAAGAAGCAUCCUUAAAAGAAUUUGAAGCUUUGACUAAUGAAGUUAAUAAUUUUGUAAGACUUCAAUCUGGAAGUUCAAAUCUAAUGACUCUCGAAGAAGUUGCUAUGGGGUUCAUAAGAGUUGCAAAUGAAUCAAUGUGUCGUCCAAUUAGAGCUCUAACUCAGGCAAGAGGAUAUGAUACUAGACAGCAUACACUAGCUUGUUUUGGAGGAGCUGGUGGACAGCAUGCUUGUGCUAUUGCACGUUCCUUAGGAAUUGGUCGUGUUGUUAUUCAUAAAUAUGCUGGCAUUCUAUCUGCUUAUGGUAUGGCGUGUGCUGAUGUUGUUCAUGAGGUCCAAGAACCUUGUGCAUUAACAUAUGACAUUGAAAACUUUGAAUAUUUAAAUGAACGAAUCAAUAUAUUGAGUUCAAAAUGUAUUGAUGAACUUAAAAAACAAGGAUUCUCAGAUAAUCAACUACACACUGAACCAUUUUUACAUCUAAGAUAUGAAGGUACAGAUUGUCCUCUCAUGUGUUCAGCUAGUUAUGAUGGUACAGUUAAUUCCAGCUUGAUCCGUGGCGAUUUUUUAAAUGGAUUUCUUGCAAGGUAUCAAAAGGAAUUUGGAUUCAUUUUGUCUGGACGUAAAAUAUAUGUUGAUGAUAUACGUGUAAGAGGUAUUGGUAAAACUUUGUUAAAUAUUGACAAUGAAGAAAUCAAAACUGAUAAACCUCCACAAAUUGAAUCAAUUAAACAAAUAUAUUUUGAAGACAUGGGUUAUAUUGAUAGUAAUAUUUACCUAUUUAGCAAGCUGAAUAAAGGACAUAUAAUAAAUGGCCCAGCAGUGAUAAUGGACAAAUUGAGUACAAUAUUAAUUGAGCCGAAGUGUAAAGCUAUAAUAAGUAAAUCUGGUGAUAUUGAAAUUGAAGUCAAUUGUGAUGAGCUUACUAAAAUUGGGGUUGAACUUGAACCGAUUCAAUUAAGUAUUUUUUCACAUAGAUUCAUGAGUAUUGCUGAACAAAUGGGAAGAAUACUUCAAAGAACAUCAAUAUCUACCAACAUUAAAGAGCGUUUAGAUUUUUCAUGUGCAUUAUUUGGCCCAGAUGGUGGAUUGGUAUCGAAUGCACCUCAUAUUCCUGUGCAUCUAGGUGCUAUGCAAGAAGCUGUUCAAUAUCAAAUACAAUCAGUUGGUAAUGAGAUCAAAGAAGGUGAUGUAAUUCUUAGCAAUCAUCCAAAAGCAGGUGGCUCUCAUUUGCCUGAUUUAACUGUUAUAACACCUGUGUUUUAUCCUGGACAAUUAAAACCUGUCUUCUAUGCUGCAAGUCGGGGACACCAUGCUGAUAUUGGGGGUAUAACACCAGGAUCUAUGCCACCACAUUCUAAAUCAUUGUCAGAAGAAGGAGCCCAGUUUAAAAGUUUCUUCUUAGUUCGUAGUGGACGUUUCUGUGAGGAAGAAGUUACCAAUGCUCUUAUGGCUCCUGCAUCAUUACCUGGAUCUUCUGGCACUAGAAACCUCAAGGAUAAUUUAUCAGAUUUGAAAGCACAAAUUGCAGCAAAUCAAAAAGGUAUUUACUUGGUGACUGAACUCAUAAAUUCUUAUGGAUUAAAUGUUGUUCAAGCAUACAUGGACCAUAUACAAAAAAAUGCAGAAAUUUCAGUUAGAGACAUGUUGAAAAACAUUGGUAAUGCUAAUUUUUUAGCUUGUGGGUUGAAAACAUUGGAAUCAGUUGAUUAUUUGGAUGAUGGAUCCAUAAUAAAACUUUCAGUUCAAAUAAAUAUUCAAAAUGGAGAAGCUAUAUUCGAUUUUAGUGGAACUAGUUAUGAAGUUUGGGGCAAUUGUAAUGCUCCAAAAGCUAUUACAUUAUCAGCAUUAAUAUAUUGCUUGAGAAGUAUGAUUGGUUACGAUAUACCAUUAAACCAAGGUUGCCUAAAACCGAUCACAGUAAUUAUUCCUUCUGGAUCUAUACUUGAUCCAUCAGAGAAUGCUGCCGUUGUUGGUGGUAAUGUUUUAACUUCACAACGUAUUGUUGAUGUUGUGUUAAAAGCAUUUGGUGCCGCUGCAGAUAGCCAAGGUUGCAUGAAUAACAUAACAUUUGGCCAAGAUGAUUGGGGUUAUUAUGAAACUGUUGCUGGUGGUGCAGGAGCUGGUCCUACGUGGAUUGGUCGUAGUGGAGUUCACACUCAUAUGACAAAUACUCGUAUAACAGAUCCUGAAAUAUUAGAAAAACGUUAUCCUGUGUUUUUAACUACAUUUACAUUACGUGAAAACUCUGGGGGUAACGGCAAAUAUCGUGGUGGCGAUGGAGUUGUGAGAGAAUUACAAUUUAGAUCUCCAGUAACUUUGUCAAUACUGACAGAAAGACGAUCUUUUGCUCCAAAUGGAAUCAAAGGAGGUGAAAAUGGAAAAAAAGGAGAAAAUUUAUUAAUAAAACACGAUGGCAGAAAAAUUAGAUUAGGUGCCAAAACUGCAGUAAACAUGAAUCCCGGUGAUACAUUUUUGUUAUUAACGCCUGGUGGUGGUGGAUACGGAUCAUCAUCUGAUGAUAAAAACACUAUAACAACUGUGAAGAAACCCAUUUGUUCCUCAAGUUUAGAACGAGGAUCUGGAUAUAAUUACCGUAUGCUGCAAGAAUCUGCUUAAAAGCAAUAAAUCAAUUUUUAUUUACUCAUUUAAUUAUUAAAAUCUAUUCAUGUUUGAUCAUUCUA